AUGUCCAACACCAUUACCACUCAAACUCUUAUUUAUUCCUCCUAUCCGGAAGGACUCGUCAAGGAAUCUGAUUUUACCUACAAUGCAGCACUUGAAAUUGAUUCCACCUUGCAAGCAGAUGAAAUUCUUGUUGAAUUGUUGCAUUUGAGUGUUGAUCCAUACAUGAGAGGAAGAAUGUCAAAGAAUGUUCCAAAAGGAUAUUUCCCAGCUUUCGAAAUUGGUAAACCAAUCAAUGGUGGAGGUGUUGCCAAAGUAUUGAAAUCCAAUCAUGAAAACUUCAAGGAAGGUGAUGUCUUGUUGGGUUAUUUCGAUUGGCAAAAGAUUCAGAAGGUCAAGAUUUCUGGAGAAGCCUUCUUAAAGAACUAUGUCAAGAUAGAUGCUAGUAUUCCACUUCCAUUGUCUUAUUAUCUUGGUGUUUUGGGAAUGCCUGGAAUGACUGCUUAUUUUGGAUUCUUGGAUAUUUGUCAACCAAAGGAAGGUGAAGUUGUAGUUGUUUCAGCUGCUUCUGGAGCUGUUGGUUCACUUGUUGGUCAACUUGCCAAGAUUAAGGGAUGCAAGGUUAUUGGUAUUUCUGGAUCCACUGAAAAUGUUCAACAUCUCAAGGAUUUAGGUUUCGACGAAAUUAUCAAUUAUAAGGAUUUCAAUAACGAUACAAAUGCCUUAAAGGAAGCUAUUGAAAAGGCAGCUCUUCCAAAGACUGGAGUUGAUUGCUACUUUGAUAAUGUUGGUGGAUUUGUCUUGGAUGCAGUAACCUUGUCCAUGAACAGAUACGGAAGAAUUUCUUGUUGUGGAUCAAUUAGUGAAUACAAUGGACAAAAGGAUUUGGGACCAAGAUUAAACUCUGUCUACGUAGUCAGAGAAUUAAAGAUUCAAGGUUUCAUUGUUGGAUCCUUCUACCAUAGAUUGGAUGAAGGAGUCAAAGCCAUGACGAAAUGGGUCCUUGAAGGAAAGUUGAAAGUUUUGGAGAGUAAGGUAGCAGGACUGGAAAAUAUUCCAAAAGCUUUGAUCAAACUCUUUACAGGAGAUAAGGUCGGAAAGAUGAUCAUUGAUGUUUAA